GUACAAUAUUAGUAUAUGACCAAUCCCUGCUUUUGUUUGUUUGUAAAGUAAAAGAUCACUUUGCAUGACCACCGUCCCCACAUGCUAUCUGUGCAAUAUAAUAUCCAAAAGCUUCUGCACUCUUUUGAGUUUUCGACUAAACUGCUAAAUUGCUAAUCAUUCAUUCAUUCUUGCCAGAGAAAUACAAGUUUACAGUUCAUUCUUCAUCGUCUCUACUCUGAACCAUCCAAUUCAAGUAUGGCAAAAUUGGGAAAAAUAAUUGACAUGGGGGAACAGCUAUGCUUUUGCAAUAGCCUUGAUGAAAAGAUGCAAAAACUAAAAAGAAAAUUGGAAGAUCUGAGCAGCAGGGAAGCUGACAUAAAUAAAGAACUAGAAUAUGCAGAGUCACUAUAUUUAAAGAAACGAAGGCGGCAAGUUGAAAACUGGUUGACGAAUGUAGAGAGAAUAAACAGGCAAGUUCAUAGCCUGGAGCAAACACUGGAAGAAAGGAGAUUGCUUGGGCGUGUACAGUUGUGGAAACGAGUGGAAGAGCUGACCGGAGAAGUGACACAACUUGUGGAUCAAGGAAGAUUUCCUGGAGGGCUCACAUUUGAAGCACAUGAGACCAAAGGAGAUGCAUUGUUGACAACAAAAUUGGUGGGUCAAACAUUUCAAACAAAUAUGGAUAAUAUUUGGACAUGCCUAAUGCAGGAUGAGGUCUUAAUCAUUGGCAUUUAUGGAAUGGGGGGAGUGGGGAAAACAAUGUUGGUGACUCAUAUCCAUAACAAGCUUAUAGAAAAUCCAAACACUUUCGAUCAUGUUUUUUGGGUCACAGUAUCACAAGAUUUUAGCAUUCAUAAAUUGCAAAAUGAUAUUGCAAAAAUACUGAAUCUAGACCUUUCAAACAUGGAUGAUGAAAAGAAAAGGGCAGCAAAAUUGGCCCAGGCUUUGAUGAGAAGACAACAAUCUGUACUCAUUUUAGAUGAUGUUUGGAAUCAUUUUGUUUUAGAGAAGGUGGGAAUUCCUGUCAGAGUCAAUGGGUGCAAAUUGAUUUUAACCACGAGAUCAUAUGAUGUGUGUCGAAGGAUGGGUUGCCGAGUGAAAAUCAAAGUGGAGCCCCUUUCAAAGGAAGAAGCUUGGAGCUUAUUUUUAGAGAAAGUUGGGAAUGAAAUUUCACUUUCUCCUGAAGUAAAAGAUAUUGCAAGGUCUGUUGCAAAAGAAUGUGCAGGUCUGCCACUUGCCAUAACCGUACUGGCUGGAAGCAUGAGAGGAGUGGAUGACAUCUGUGAAUGGAGGAAUGCGUUGGAGAUUUUGAAAGAAUCAAAACUGGGACAGGAUGACAUGGAAACUGAGGUUUUUCAAGUACUGAGAUUUAGCUAUUGGAGCUUGAAUGAUUCAAAAGUGCAACAUUGUUUUCUAUACUGCUCACUAUAUCCUGAAGAUUAUAAAAUUAAAAGAGAGGAGUUGAUAGAAAGGUUUAUUGAUGAAGGUUUCAUUGACAAAAUGAAGAGCAGGCAGGUAGAGUUUGACAGGGGUCACACUAUUCUGAAUAAACUUGAAAAUUCUUGCUUAUUGGAGGGCACUAUAGAAGAUUUCCCAAAUGAGAAAAAGUGCGUCAAGAUGCAUGAUUUGGUUAGGGACAUGGCACUCCAAAUUGUGAUUGUGAGUCCUCGAUUCAUGGUAGAAGCUGGCGUUGGGUUGGAGAAUAUACCAGAUGAAGAAAAAUGGACAAAGGAUCUUGAGAAGGUUUCUUUGACGCACAACAAAAUAUCUGAAAUUCCUUCUAGUUUAUCACCAAGGUGUCCUAAACUUUCAACGUUGAUGCUUCAACAUAAUAGUCUAAGAAGAAUACCAGAUUCUUUUUUUGUGCAUAUGCAUGGGCUCAAGGUUCUCGAUCUAUCGUAUAAUGGCAUUGACUAUUUGCCAAAUUCACUCUCCCACUUGGAGAAUCUUACAUCGUUGCUGCUUAGAGAAUGUGAUAAAAUAGAACAUGUCCCUUCGUUAGCAAAGCUUUCUGCUUUGAGGAGGUUGGAUCUUUGGCAUACAGGAAUUAGUGAAGUACCUAAUGGUAUGGAAAUGUUGGUCAACCUCAGAUACUUGGAUCUCUAUGCACCCAAUCUAAAGAUGUUGCCUGUUGGGACUUUCACUAAACUCUCUCAUCUCCAAUAUCUUGUUGUUUACCGGUCAUCUGAAACAUUAAAAGUGAAUGGAGAGGAGGUAGCACACUUGAAAAGAUUGGAAACUUUUAGUGGACAAUUCAGUGAACUCCAAAACUUUAAUGCAUAUGUCAAAUCCCUAAAAGUGGGAGGACCUAGCAAUUACCUACUUCAAAUGGGAUUAGAUGAUCCAGAUGUCACACCAAUUGAAAGUGACACCUUUGACAAACGUGUAAUCUUAAAAAGGUGCAUUUUAAGUACAAGCAGAGGUGGAGGAGAAGAUUCCCUUUUGCUCCCAGAAGAUAUUGAGUUCCUAUAUAUUCAAGAGUGCAAUGAUUUAAGAAGUUUAUGUGGUAUUUCAUCAUUGAAAAAUGCCAAUAACUUGAAGGCCUGUGUAAUUAAGAAGUGCAAUAGAGUAGAGCAUGUGUUGUCUCAUUAUUCAUCCCCCUCUUCCAUUCUCACUCUCCAAAGCCUUGAGACACUACGGCUUGCAUUUUUGCAAAACUUAAGUGACUUUAUUAGAUGUGACAGAGCUUUAUCACAAUCUCCACCAUCAGGCACCUUAGCCUGUCUCAAAGAAUUUAGAAUAUAUAACUGUCCAAAUAUAAAGAAGUUAUUCAUGCCUAGGUUGUUGAUGUGCCUCCAAAACUUGGAAGAGAUUCACGUAGAAGAUUGUCGCCAAAUUGAAGAAAUAGUGGCAGCAGCAUCUGAUGAUAAUGAAGUAGAAGAAAAUAAGGACAAAGGCCUUGGCACUACCAUAUUCACUCUCCCCAAAUUAAGGUGUUUGCAAUUGUGGGAUCUACCACAAUUGAAGAGCAUCUGCAAUGAUAAUGCAGUACUAGUUUGUGAUUCCCUCCAAGAAAUAAUAGUACGCUAUUGCCGGAAGCUUAAGCGGAUCCCUCUCUCACUGCCCCUGCUUGAUGGUCAACCGUCCCCACAUCCCUCUCUUCAAAUAAUUAAAGCAUUUCCAGAACAAUGGUGGGAAUCACUGGAGUGGGACCAUCCCAAUGCCAAGAAUUUACUUCAACCCUUUUGUCAAUUCACACGAUUUGUGUAACAUCCCCAUGUUGAUAAUUUCUUUCUUUCCAUCACACUUUUAUUUGUAAUUUAAGAAAAUUUUCCCCUUUAGAAUUUUAGACCAACUUGGACGUGUUCAAAUUGUUUACUUUGCAUUGAGAGUCCUUUUUCUAA